AUGGUGAAAAAGGGGGAGGAAGUUCCGAAAGGGCAUGUGACAAUAAAAGUGGGAGGAGAAGGAGAAGUGAAAGAGAGGAUAGUGGUGCCAGUGAUGCAGCUGAACCAUCCUCUAUUUGGUCAGCUCUUGAAGGAGGCCGAGAAAGAGUAUGGCUUCUCUCAGGAAGGAGCCAUUAUCAUCCCUUGUCCCCUCAACCACUUUAGGUACGUCCAAGCCUUGAUCCUCCGGGAUACUUCUCUCCACAACCACCACCUUCCUGCUGCAUGCUUCAGGCUUCGAUUUUAA